CUGAUGUUUGGUCUGAAAAUACCAGGAUGCUUUUACGCAUUGAGUUGCUGCCACAUGAUUGGCCAAUUAGAUAUUUGUAUUAACGUGCCAGUGUACAGGUGUACUUAAUAAAGCGGCCACUGAGUGUAUUUAAUUCCAGUAAUUAACACUUUUAAACGAAUUAUUAAAUACUGAACAUUUUACAUCUGUAAUGCAUGUGUAAAUGUGGUGCUUCAUUAAGACACGGUCCUAUUUCCAUUUCCGAGCUUCCAGUUCUGAAAUCCACCUGUUCGGUUGAAAGAAUGAUUGACAACUACUAGCUCCUCCCACUUGAAGAGCCUUUGCUCUAAUUGGCUCGACGGGAGGUCUAUGUUAAUAAGGAUUGACCUCUUGCACCUGACGUUCAGAUAGUUUCCACAAGUGAAGAAUUUGAGGGGCGGACUUACUGCACUUGUUCUUCACUGGUUAACCCUGUCAUUUUUAUUUAUCCCGUUUUGAGAUCUCAGCUAGCGGGUUUUCGGUUUUGAGCGCAUAUUUAAUGCUCUCAGUGGGAGGAGGGGAAUAAACAGUCAUGCCCCGUUCUUUCCUGGUCAAGAAACACUGUAGCACCAAGAAACCUAACUACAGUCAACUGGAGAUCCAGAAUGCCACAGUUAUUUCACCAUAUUUAUAUGAGGGUUUGAGAUUUCCACUGAUGCCACAGCCUGAAGUGCUCACUCCCAUCGUUUGUGAUCCGCCAAGACUGUGGGACAGGGCUCCUGUCAGUCCCCGAAUGUGUCUGCCCCCGCCCCUGGAUGUUGAGAUUGGAACAGAAAUGCCCUUCAGUAGCCAACCAAGCCUGGAGAUCAGUGUUAAGGAAUGUGUCGCUGUCAGAGGCAGCAACACCCCACUAAGGAAUACAGUGAAUGACCUUAGCCUGUCCCUUUCCAAAAGAACCAAGAGCAGAGAGAGAAACAAUGGCACAUUUAAAGGAGAUGAUGAACCGGAGGAAAAAAUCUUUGAGGUUGAAAGUGCUGCUGAAGCAGUCCUGGAGAAGUUUGAGUGUUUCCAUUGUCACAAGGCUUACAAUACUUUAUCUGGUCUCUCUAAACACAGACAGCUUCAUUGUGAAUCACAGACUACAAAAUACUUUAAUUGCAAGUAUUGUGAUAAGGAAUAUGUCAGUCUGGGUGCAUUGAAGAUGCACAUAAGGACUCACACUCUGCCUUGUGUCUGCAAAAUCUGUGGCAAAGCAUUCUCUAGACCGUGGCUCUUACAGGGGCACAUCAGAACACAUACUGGAGAGAAACCUUUUGCCUGUCCUCACUGCAGCAGGGCAUUUGCAGACCGCUCAAACCUCCGAGCACAUCUGCAGACACACUCGGAUGUGAAAAGAUAUCACUGCAAGAGCUGCUCAAAGACCUUCUCUAGAAUGUCCCUUCUUUCCAAACAUGAGGAAGCUGGCUGCUGCCACUUAUCUUGAUGCAGAUGUUGUAAUAUUUGAUCCUGAUGUUGUAAUAAGCCGGAGUUGUCGUUAUGCAAACUGUUGAGGACCUUUAUCGUAAUAUUAUUUGGUUGAAAUUGGAAUGAACUGCUGCAUUUGAUAGCUCAUUAAUUCUCAAAGUAAUUUAACUUGAAUGGAGAUUGGCAGAUGACAUUGGCUGAAGAAGUAUAAAUGUUGACUCAACAACAUUAUUAAACACUAACACAAUCAAUGUAUCAGUAAGAGCAAAUAAGUGUACUGAAUUGUAUGAAAGUUGUAAUGUUAGUAUUCCAUUCCUUAAAGGGAAUUGUAGAGUUUUGCAAAACUGGGGACUGGUCAGAUCUUUAGUUGUAACAUCAUUCUCCAGAAUCUUAAUUAUAGAAAAUGUAUACAAGGGCAGGGGAAUGGGCAAUGUUGCCAUUGGGAUCAUAGAGGUUUGCUUUUCAUGAAUUUCAAAGGAAUUAAAUCUAUUUACAAGUUUUAAAAGUGAGCUAUUCACACUGGGGGAAAAAACCCACCUGUAUUAAAGAUAAUCUGGUACCGUCUAUUUGGAAUGAAAUUUUGGUGAAACCUUACCAGUUAAGUUUACACUUGGUUAAUAGAAUUGUUUUUUAACUUGUAUGAACUUACAAAAUUUAACUUUCGAUAUGCUGACAGUAACUGAUAAUUUGUUUGGUUGCACCUAAAUUUCCGAAGGAUUUUAGUGAAACACAUAGUACUGAUGCUUUUUGCAACUGCUGCACCAUCCAUGAGGUUAUCUGUGGCUUGUUUCACUCCUUAGUUAUUAGGAUCUACACACAGGGAUUUGGUUAGAACAUUAUUGACAUUAAAAAACACCAGGAAAGGAUUUAGUAUUGUGGAUAAGCUGUCUCAAGUCUUCUAUCUGUCAUUAUCUAAAAGGAAAGAGUAACUUCUGGAUCUCUUAAUGCUAUGUCUCUGGCCAGACUGCUCAGAAUCCCAAUCUCAAAUAAACGCCAUUACCAUACAGAUCGGAGGGAGGAAAGGAAUUGUCAAAGUUUCAAUGUUGCUUCACCCCUUGGAUUCCUCCAGUGGAUUUUGUGUUACUCCAGCGUGCAGCAUUAGCAGUCUCUUGUGUCUCCAGAAUUAGAAGGCCUCCUUCGUUCUUUCUACAGCUGGUUCAUGCUGGAUAUUUAAAAUCCUACUUGUCAUACUUCAAUAAAUAUAAGGUAAUUCAACUACCACCAUAAUUUCUAAGGCAGCAACUGGGAAGCCAGUUUGGUGCUUUAAAAGGUAUGACAGUAAAUUAAAAAAAAAUAAAAUUAGUUGGAUCUUCGACUGAAAGAUGAAUGGGAAUGUGCAAAUCUGUCCAGAAUGUAAAUAUCACUAGACUAAUGCUGUAAUUUUGGAGUGCAAAUGUCAUUUAAUAUGUUUAUUUUUACUAUGUCAUAAAUCUGGAAAUAUGAACAAAAUCACAAUUGAAUAAAAUGUUUGGUUAAACAGCUGCAUUCUUAAGACUCUUCAACACGAGUGAAAGAUGUACCAAAACUACCUAUCUGAACAACCUGAAUACAGAGGUCAAAUGAGCACGUCUGUUUUGGUGGAACAGCCCAAAGGUAGGCCCUUUAGAUCAGGGGUUCCCAACAUUUUAAUGCCAUGGACCCCUACUAUUAACAGAACGGACUGCGGGCCCCAGGUUGGGAACUUCUGCAUUAGAUAGACUGUAUCACUCUUUGUAUUGUGUACUUACCUGCCUUGUAUGACACUAUGGACAAGGCAAGAGAUAGAACUCUUUAGUCAUAGUCAUAGUCAUACUUUAUUAAUCCCGGGGGAAAUUGGUUUUCCUUACAGUUGCACCA